ACUUUAUAUCCUGUUUUCUAUAUCUUUAAUUUAUUUCUCUCUCUAAAUCUUUGUUUCUUUCUCUCACAUAAACCGCUUACAUACUCCUCUUAAAUCUUAAAGUUGGUGUGUCUAACCUUGAGCCUACCUUUUUCUUUUUUUCUUCUUAUUCUUAGCUUCAGUUAAAGUUAAGAGACUCUAGAGAGAGAUAGAGAUUUUUUGUGUUCUUUUUUCAUGGUUAAAGCAAGUUUUAUAGCUCUAUUUUACUCCCACAGUCUCUUCUUUUCCUCUUCUUGAUCUUCUUUCUACCUCAACUUAGCUUCUCUCUUCUUAGUUCUUUAUUUUAUUUUCUUCAUGAUAAAUGAACUAAAAUAUUUAAAUUUGAACUCUUGAUCUUGUUUCCUCAUCCGGGUAUUGCUUAGUUUCUUGAUUUAAGCUUAGUUAGGUUUUUAUGCACAUAUCAUAGGGUUUCUUAAUCUUUUCUUGUUUUUUUUUUUGAUACACAACUCAAAACAAGCUCAAGAAAACUCAUAUUUUCUUAUUCAUAUUUUGGUUUUCAAGUUCAGCCUAUUCAAGAAAACUCUUCUUUAUCAGAUCUCAAAUUCUUGAUUUUUUUGGUUUUGAGAAGGGAUAUGAGUGGCAAAAUAUCGUAUAAAGUUGAGAAUUUUAUAGAAGAUUUUAAGAGUUUAAGAGAAAGAAGAUUAAAUCAACUAUAGCAAUGAAUAAUAAGAGUGCUAAUUUAGGUUCAAUUAGUAGCUCUGAUCUCAUAGAUGCAAAGCUUGAAGAGCAUCAGCUUUGUGGAUCGAAACAGUGCCCUGGUUGUGGACAUAAGCUCGAAUCGAAGCCGGAUUGGUUAGGUCUACCAGCCGGAGUGAAAUUUGAUCCAACGGAUCAAGAAUUAAUAGAACACCUCGAAUCAAAAGUUGAAGCUAGAGACAUGAAAUCUCACCCUUUGAUUGAUGAGUUCAUCCCCACCAUUGAAGGUGAAGAUGGGAUUUGUUACACCCAUCCUGAGAAACUUCCAGGAGUUACAAGAGAUGGAUUGAGCAGGCAUUUUUUUCAUAGACCGUCGAAGGCGUACACGACCGGAACACGAAAACGAAGGAAAAUUCAAACGGAAUGUGACUUACAAGGUGGCGAAACGAGGUGGCAUAAAACCGGCAAGACCCGGCCGGUAAUGGUGAACGGAAAACAAAAAGGGUGCAAGAAAAUAUUAGUGCUGUAUACCAACUUUGGAAAGAACCGAAAACCCGAGAAGACUAAUUGGGUUAUGCACCAAUACCAUUUGGGUCAGCAUGAGGAGGAGAAAGAAGGGGAGCUUGUGGUUUCGAAGAUAUUUUAUCAGACUCAGCCGCGGCAGUGUAAUUGGACUGAUCGGAGUGCAAUUACUACCGGCGAAGGGAGUAGUGAUCCAAAUAGUAGAAGAGAUAGUGGGAGUGGGAGUUGUUCUUCUAAAGAAAUAAUUCCAAAUAGAGAUGAGAUUACCGGAGCUGGUGUUGCUGCUGCAUUUUCAAGCUACGCCUCAGCGGCGGCCGCCAUGGAUAUGCAGCAAUUAAAAGCUGAUCAUUUUGGGUUUCCACCUUUCAGAAAAAGCUUUGAUGAGGUGGGGAUAGCAGAAGCUUCAACCGCAAGGGAAAACCCAGGCACGUGUGAUGAGAUUCGAGAGCACCAUCAGAGACCACAUCAUGUGGCCCAUGAUCAUCAUCAUCAUCAUCAUCAACAGCAACACCAUUUACACCAUCAGAUUGCUACGACAGCGUUUCAUAUCAGUAGGCCUUCACAUCCGAUUUCCACCAUCAUCUCUCCACCGUCUCUUCAUCACACCUCCAUCAUUCUCGAUGAUGAUCCCUAUCAUGUCUCCAGAUUAAUGCUUCAAAACGAAAUCCAGCAGCAACAGAAUCAGCAGCACCACCACCAACAGCAACAGCAGCAGCAACAUCAUAAAAUAGGCGGAGGAAGGUCGGCGUCUGGUCUGGAAGAACUCAUUAUGGGCUGCACUUCAUCAUCGGAUCAUAUAAAAGAAGAGUCGUCCAUUGCAAACCCGCAAGAAGCUGACUGGUUGAAGUACUCUUCAUUCUGGCCAGAUCCCGACAACCAGGAUCAUCAUGGAUAAAACCAAAAAACAAAAAAAAAACAAAAACAUCAACAGACAACAUCAUAAGUACUUGAAUGAAGAAGCCACCGUCCACUCUAUAUACGGGUUUGUUCUUCUUUUUUUGGUGUUCUUUAAUUAAAUUAUGUUGAGGUGGGGCUUUAAUGGCGAUCAACCGAAGUAACUGUACAAACAGAAAGAAAAAAAGAAAAAAGAAAAGGCUGCUGUGUACUGACAAAUAGAAGAAGGAGAACCAAAGACCCAAAGCAAAAUCUCUGUGCAUGAAAAUCAUCACCAUUAUCAUUACAAUAUCAUCUUUAUCCUCAAUAUAUAUAUAAUAUAUAUAUUUAUUAUUUCAAGACAAAUUUGUAUAAGUUCUUUUAUUGUUGUUUGAACAGAUCAGAGAAAACAUAUACACAUCAUAGUUUGUGCAAAUUGCAGGAAGAAAAAGUUUGUUCAGUUGUUUGUGCUUACUCACUUUUUAGUAAAUUAAAUACGAAUACAAGUUUAUACUGAA